CAUCAAGACAUGUUGUGUGCAUAAGGGUCCGUUAGCGAGUAAACAUAUCCAAUUAAGUAUUUUGUCCAUUUUCGCGCGUCAUAUUUUUGACGCAUAUUCUUGUCAUUGCUUGUCAUGCAUAUCGUCUUGCAUUCUGGAAUAAUAUCCAUGUCGUUUCUUUUCGGUCUCAUGGAGAGCCACUGCGUCUAGAUAAAACAUCGGAGCAGCAGCAUUUCCGCUUUACUACGGGCACCGACAUAGGUCGCAACCCAUACCCAGACGACAACGGCUGUCGCUUUGCUGUGUGGCUUUGCCACUGCGAAGACCGGGGUCCAUAGUUAGAGCGGUGCACGGAGCACGCAAGUUAUUGAGGCGCCGCUGCUGUUGUCUCCAUUAAACGCUUGAAGAAUCACAACUAUCCAUAUUCGCUGCCGGAUAUUGUCGAGAUGCUGGCGCAUUACUCGUGAACCGGACGCGGAAUGUUUGCUAAAGUAGAGCAGAUCUGCUCGAACGAAGUCCCUGAGCCACUGCGCUACGAAAGCUCCCCUGAAGACAUCGUGUCACUACGGGUGUUGCACAUUGUGUCCUAGUUGUCGCAACGUGUAGCUAGAUCGCUGCCUUUCCAAGAACGUGCGCCGGGUGAGCAGAAAGCGUUUCGCAGGCCGAGCCUUUCAUAAUUUGGUUGCUUGAAAAACAACACGUGGCCUGCAAAUUUCGGAUAGAUUCCGGAGUCUAUAGCGCUUAAAAUCUGUGACACGGUACUCGCCUUGCUGGCACCAGCGAAAGCCACCCUCAGAGGCGAGUAACACUGCGUCUGGUUUGCUGUUGCUGCCCGUGACUAUAUGACAACCUCAACAACUUGAUGUGAAUGAUUCACAGGCUGCAACAACCAUCAAAUAGUACUCGAGAAAAGAAAUACGAUGGGCAUUUUCCGGUCGGAGAAUAUGUGCAGUGGCACAUUAGUGCUGCCUAUGGAGAAAGCGAGACAUUUCGUUGACGUGCUAGGAUCCAGUGCUAACCUGAUGUUCCAGGAUGUCCACGCGAACCAAGUGGCACCGCAAAGACCGUAGCUAUAUACAUAGUAACUGUUGCUGAUUUACCGUUACCUCGAGUUAUGGGCGCUAUGUAUGUGAUCUUAUUAGACAGUGCUCUGUUGUGACCGUCAUGCAAUAUUUGACAGUGCUCUGUUGUUACCGUAUUUCCUCAUUUUGCAGCUCCCUAUUGCGUUCAUUAUUUGGCGUUCAUCUCACCCUUCUUGCAGGUACAAGAAGUUUAUUCAACGAAUAGAGGAUGUGGAGCGAGAGGUGCGAUGGCUGAUUGAAAAGUGUAAAAAAGCAGAAUUGCCUCUGUAUCAGAACGAUCUUGAGGGAUUUCUAGCAGCGCAAAGUUCAGAGCCCUAUAAAUUGGAUAAGGUGGAGCACGAGGUACGACAGGCUUACCACAACGUGACGCGGCUUGACGACAAUAAGCAGCAACUAGUUUCCGCGAGAAACGCGGCAAUAGAAGAACGACACGUCCUGGAAGCCGCGUCAAUGGCACUCUUUCAUCAGAGCAGUUUGUUAUGGUACUGUGAGUUUACAGAGAGUCUUCUGCAAUUUCUCCGUCAAUAUUAAUUCAUUUCCUGUCAUUUUGGUGUUCCGGGGGUUCUUUGGAUUGAUGCGUGUCGAUUGCGAGUUUGCACCUCUACUUCUGCAUGGUGCGUAUACCAAUUUACCUUUGGGAUUGAGUGGGUCCUCCACAUAAAUGCUGUACACUAAGAAUUCCAUAGCUUCACGGUUCAUAUAUUGCGUCAGAAGGAUAUGGAUUAGGUGGCGGGUCAUCCUCGUCUAGCUCACGGCCUGGUAUAGAGCGCAGGGGCCUUUUAGAUGGAGAUUUCGCGGAAACGCAGAAAUUAAUGCGCAACUCAGCCAAUGGAGUGGACGAAGAAACUAUUGGGACGCCCUUUGUUAGCGCGUCUUCCUCGAUGCAGUUCAAUAAUGCGGCCGGCGUCAUAAACCAGGUGUACUAAAUUACACAUUUUUACUACUGCUUGCACUCAGAAUUUUGAUUCAUAAGUGACUACCUUGGAAUUUUCUGCAUGUCCCAAACAAGUUAGAGCUAUACUCACCAAGACUUUAAUUUUGCUUUUCCUUCGUAAAGCAAAGGUGUUGCCCUCGCGUGUUCCUUUGGUUUCAACUUAUUGUAGUAUUUCUUUUGCUUUCAAUUUUAGAGCGAGCAGCAGCGGUUCGCGCGGUUCAUUUUCCGAUCAACACGGGGUAACGCCUUCACGCAUUUUCGGGAAAUUCACGAGCCAUUGACCGAUCCAAAGACAGGCGAAGACUGUCAGAAAGCCGUUUUCGUGGUCUACUAUCAGGGAAACAGCUCUUCCGCCAUGCAUGCGCGGAUUCUGCGAGCAUGCCAGCAGUUUGGUGCGAACUGCUACCCAUGGGUCACGACGGCGGCGAGAGGCCGCGAGAAACUCCGGCAGAUUUCAGUAGAGGUCAACGAGAGAGAAAGAGCACUCAUGGCUUCCGAAAAACUACUGAAAGACGAGCUGAAUUUUAUCCUGCAAAGGCAACCCGGAAGCUACAACUCGUUGCUGGAGGACUGGCGGCUCUUCCUCAUAAAAGAGAAAGGUACCAACUAGUAUGUUCUGUGUGAACAUGCGCUACAUCAAGGACAUCUCUGUUUCUGGAUUAUAGGUUUGAUAAAUUUUUCAACAAGACUUUUCAAUGACUCAAGAACAUUUAUGAAAACGAUAAUAUGCUUGUUUAGAGCUAAAGAAAGCCGCGAUAAUUCAUCGAACUUGAACUUCUCGCUCUUUAGGAACUUACGCAGUGCUAGAUAUGUGCGAAGGAGAGGGAACUACGCUCCGAGCACAAGUAUGGUAUCCCACUGCAGAAGAGGACUUCGUUCGAAGAGUCUUGAUCGCCGAGUCCAGGUCAACGCACUGCAGCGCCAUGCUCAUAACAGACCGUACUUAUUGAAAAUUAUACGCACUCUUGUGGCCCCUGUGAUUUUUGCUUUUUGAAGAACUUGACGUUGAUCCUUCUUCUAAUUUACGGGGACCUUAUGAAGCAGUGCCCAAACAUUGCGUCACGACCACAGGUGUGACUUAUAGCGGUGGCGGCGGGCAUGGGCACGACCAGCAGAUGCCUCCAACGUACUUCAAGAGCAACGGCUUUCUUGCGCCAUUUCAGACUAUGGUGAAUACCUACGGAAUACCAAGAUAUCAAGAAAUGACACCAGUCUUUUUUUCCAUCGUUACCUUUCCCUUUCUCUUUGGUGUCAUGUUCGGAGACGUAGGGCAUGGACUGAUGCUGCUUUCCAUUGGCAUCGCAAUCACCCAGCACGAAAACAAGAUCAAAUUUCAAUACCCAGCGGUCUUCGACUUCCGAUACAUGGUAUUAAAAGCUCAUCCUGAACAAGAGAGUGCAUCUUCGCUUCACAUCUGGAAUCAGGAAGUCCGGGAAGGUGUUGUCGCAGUUAGCAAGCGAGCCGGAUUGUAGUAAUGCUAAUUGAUACGAAAAAAUGGCGUCCGAAUUCAAAACUAGAAAAUCUGUACUUCCAUAUUGACAACUCAGUGCAUUAUGAUGGGAUUUUUCGCGAUAUACGCUGGUUUCAUAUACAACGACUUUUUUGCCACGGGAAUGAACCUCUUUGGAUCGAGGUGGCGCAACACCGGCAAAGAAACAGAUCCGAUACAGUACUAUGAGCAUCUGAUUAAGGAGGAGCAUCGUAGACUUCAAUAUUUCUCAUGCAUAGUAGUAGGAAUCGGAAACGCCACAUCUAAUAAAUCAGCAUGAUCACUCUGGUCUACUAAAGAUUGAAGACUACUUCCUUCUCAGACCUAGCAAUAAUACUGACCAUUAGUUUACAACCAAAGGUACCUUGUCCCGGACUUCGAUCCGUCAAAUCGAGGAGACAAGCUUAUUCAGAAGGAAGGUGGCGGAAGACAGUACUACGCACAGAACUUUGGCCCUUAUCCAUUCGGUGUUGAUCCCGCGUGGAAGGGUGCUAGCAACGAACUGAAUUUCAUGAAUAGCAUGAAGAUGAAGAUAUCGGUGUUGCUCGGCGUCGCCCACAUGAUACUAGGGCUGCUUCUCAGGUUAUCGAACGUCAUCUACGAGAGGAAUCGAGUGGACUUCAUCUGCGAGUUUGUCCCGAUGAUGACCUUCAUGAUUUGCUUCUUCGGAUACAUGGACUACAUGAUCCUGUACAAGGUACUUCAAACUGAAAAGCCUUGUUGUAGUGAGUAGGAAAUAAAUAAAUGGAAACAAGGUUCAGGCAUCGCAUCUAAUAGUUAGUUUCAUCUCACAUCCAUGAUCCCUAUCAAAACAGUGGGUGACCCCGAUGAACGAACCGCCAUCUAUCAUAAACACGCUGAUAUCAAUGGUGAUGCAGACAGAAAACAAGACGCCGCUUUAUGCAGGCGCGGCGGAGACGCAAGCUUUUUUACUCUCCUGCAUGGUUUUCAGUGUUCCCUGCCUCCUUAUACCGAAACCGCUCAUACUGUGGGCAAUAGGUACACAUCUGAAGUUUGCGUACCAGGAGCGUUCAUAGAGGUCCGCAUGGUCCACUUCUCUGUUUUCGUUUUCACACUAACAACAUCAACAUGGGCCUUUUUUAACCCAAUGAUUUUAUUUUUUUUUCUAAAGUUGCCUCAUCGUUCUAAUCUCCACAGCGAAGCGGCGGACCAUGCAACAUUCGCGAGGACAGACGUUUAUGCCACUCUCAGAAACACAACACGAGCCAGAGCAAAAGGUGAAGUUUGACAUGGGGGAAACCUGCAUUCACCAAAUCAUCGAAACGAUCGAAUUCGUUCUCGGUACUAGGAAUUACGAACGCUCGGAUUUCAUCGUACCUACCUGCUCCUAUCCAACGGAGGUAAAUCGUCAUAUCAAUAUUUCGUUACAGUAUUUCUACACGACAUGAUCUUACCACAGGCACCGUAUCGCACACAGCGUCAUAUUUGCGAUUGUGGGCCUUGUCUCUUGCACACCAGCAGCUCUCCGUUGUCUUCUUUAAAAUGCUUUUCACUUCGAGUCUGACAGGGGACGAUUUCUUUCUCGUACGCGCGGUGAAGAUCUACAUCAGCUUCUUCAGUUUCAUGGUCGUCUCCGUCGCGAUUUUUAUGAACAGGAAUUGUGAAUGGAGGCAAUCCUUAAAGGCCCGGUAUUUGCUCUUUGCUUCGGCUAAAUCAACAGAUGUUUUUUAGGUAGUUUUAGCUAUGCUAUAAUGAUGCUCCACCCACUUCCAACCGGUACUUUUCCCCACCUCGUCCUGCUUCAUAGUACUUAUCGGAAUGGACGUGAUGGAGUGCUUUAUGCACACUUUGCGCCUUCACUGGGUCGAAUUCCAGUCCAAGUUCUUUCGUGCGGACGGUUACGAUUUUCUGCCAUUUCGCCACUUGCGACUACUGACGCAGGCAACGCAAGCGAGUUAAUGAACACGUUACUACAUAUGUUCCCGUGGAAAUUGGUUGCAGGAAGUGCGCGUGCUGUGUGCUGGGAGCAAUAGUUCGUGAAGAAGGUGGCUGCGGUGCGGAAGGCGAGCUAUUUUUUUUUCAAUUCAUUGCUGCCCGGUAGCGCAUCGGAUGCGCGCGGAAAUGUCAUGGACAGAAAAUUUGUAAAGUUUAUCUAUUCCGAGUAAUUGAGUAACUUGUCAUGCACUACAACCAUGUCAUGGUUCCCGAAAAAGAAGACUUGUCAGAAAAUCACCCAAAGAAUCCAAUGGAAACACUUACUCGUAUCAGCAAUGACAUCAGCUGAUGUCCGCGGACAAUCCUAUUCUAUCAAUUGCUAUCCUGUGAACUGUUGCUUUUCAAAAGUAAAACUCCGAGCAAGCAAAAGGCUUGAUUCGAGGCUUGUGUUGAAUUAGGA